AACACACGGCCGCCAUUAAUCCUAAAAGCAGAGACGGAAAAAUCAGAGACGAAGCCCACCGCGAGUCGUGGUGCCUGAACGUUGCUGUCCCGAGGCCAGAGACAGACAUUUUGAAAGUGACCCUCAGCGAUGGAUUCAAAGCCUCGUCGGCUGCCCUUCACCAUCUCCAGCUCUUCGUCCCUGUCCUCGCCUUCGUCCCUCUCCUCUUCUUCCUCGGCUCUCAGCGCCAGUCGGCUGUAUGGCAGAGGGAGUGUGCUGGGGAGUGAUCGCUUCAGCAGGGGAGGUGCAGGAAAACUAGACUCUGACUACCAGAGCCCCUGCCUUUCUGGAGCCACAAGAGAUUACAGCUCCUCAGAGAGCCGACACUCCAGAUGGAAGUUGUCCACGCCCCUCUCUUCCUCUUCCUCCUCUUCCUCUACAUCUUCAUGUGAUCGCCAGUGGACAGAGUCUUCCUAUGGGGGAAGAAGCAAACCUGUUGACUCAGAGAGAGGACUAGGGUCAUACUCCAGCCUCCUUGGCACAGCUCAGGACAGUGAGUCCAAGAGAGCCAAGCUGUCCUACACAAAUAGAGCAACAUACAGUAGAAGCCCAUUUACCUCCACACCCAGCAGCACAUACUCAAACCUGGGAGGCUUGCCAGAUUCAUCUUGGAAGUCCACAAUCAGCCCUUUGUCCAGGUCCUCUUCAUCCUCUUCUUCCUCAUCCUCCUCGUCUUCAUCAGAGGGUCUGUGGGCUCGCAGGGAAGCAGAGAAGAGGGUGGACCCUGGACUGCCUAGUCUGGGGGAGCCCAACAGCUACAGACCCACAUCACUGACCUCCUCACUGUAUCGUCCAGAGCGUGUGACCUCCACUUAUGCCCAAGGAGCUCGACCCAAAGAGAGCCUGUACUCCUCCCGCAGAGAGAGCAGCUCAACCAGCCGUCGUCUCUCCUCAGAGUACCUCUCAUCCUCCCUGGAGCGCAGCUCCCACAGGCUGGCUUCUGAUUACCAGCCAAGUCCUCGUCUCCCUCGAGAGACCCCGAGCUCCAGUGCCACCCGCACCUCAGUCUCUCGGUCAGAUCCUUUGUGCCUCUCCUCCUGGAGCUCCUCCCCUUACACACCCCUCAAUGAGUGUACUUCCAGCCCUCCUCAGUCUAGACCUGUCCCUGCGCCAACUCCCGCUCCUGAGGGCGGAGACUCGGAUGGCAGAAGCACCACCAGGAGGCUGCUGUCUCGCCUCUUCUCCAGGCGUUCCAGUCAAGAGUCUAGCUCCACCUCCAGCACUAACUCCGCCUUGAGGUCGUUUGACACCACCCCUGAAGAGACCCCUCACAGUGAAGCCCCACCCACAGUCAGUAGGGAAAGCGUGGAAUCAGAUCCAGCCCAGGCAUUUGCGUUCCUGCGCAGGCGUGAGCAGGCUCUGUCUCCUGUGCAAGAGAAUGCAGAUGUGGAGGCGGAAGCAGAGUCCCUCAGGGCUCCAGCAGGGCUGUCCUGGCUCAAUUGGAACCGCUGCACCCCUCUAUUUUCCCAUCGGCGGAGAGAGGGCCGUGACGAGAGUGCCCGCAUGGAGGCCCGCCAAUCACCACCGUUCCCCCUCAGCAGCCCAGAGGGGCGCAAAACACCUGACAGGGACACACACCAUGAUGAAGAGGAGGAGGAUGAUGACGUGUCUGAGGGAGCGACAGCCGCUCCUCCUGCUGGAGCCUCAGGACUUUCCUCAGCCCUCUUACAGGAUGCCUCCCGUCUUCAAGGGCGGAGCCCUGGUGUUACCAGGGUGUUGUCGAGCCCUUUGUUCCGCAUGCCUGAGAAUGUAAUCAUUGGAUUGGAUGUUGGAAUAGAGGGGCGAAGUCAGGCUGAGGCACAAGCAAAGGAAAAGCCUGCUCCCUCCAGAGACCCAGAGAGACUUCGGAAGAUCCAGGAAAGUUUGCUAUUGGAGGACUCAGAUGAGGAAGAGGGGGAUCUGUGCCGGAUUUGUCAGAUGGGAGAGACCUCCAGUUCCAACCCGCUGAUUGAGCCAUGCAGGUGUACAGGCAGUCUUCAGUAUGUGCACCAGGACUGUAUCAAGAAGUGGCUGCGCUCCAAAAUCAGCUCCGGUUCGACCCUGGAGGCCAUCACUACUUGUGAACUGUGCAAAGAGAAGCUGCACCUGAACAUCGAGAACUUUGACAUUAAUGAACUAUACAGAUCUCAUGAACGGUCUGAGUACGAGUUCAUCAGCUGUGGUCUGUACCUGGUGGUCCUCUUGCACCUGUGUGAGCAGAGGUUCUCUGAUGUUCUGGGAGCAGUCAAUGAAGCUGGGUUGUUCAACUUGGCGAGAACUCUUCACGAACACAUGGACAAUCUUGAAAGUUCUUAUGCCGAAUCUGAUGAAGACGAGGUGCAGGACAGCAGGCCAUCUAUUGACUUCUGUGACCUAGAGGAUGAAGAGGAGGAGGAGGAAUUUUAAUCAUGUUGAAGGUGGAGUAGAGUAAAUAGCCGACAAUCUGCCUCCUCUCAGCGCUCCACCUCUGCUCAUUCGCCCAUCGAGCAGACAUUUGAAACGGCGUCCCAGUGAUGGUACCUUAAACACUGUCUACAGCCCCAUGGAGGGCUCUCAUGAUAUGCAGAUAAACUUUUCUUGGGGAGUGUUUGGCACCCACCCACCCACUCACUCACUCACCCACCCUUGGGAUUUGAUUGAGAACUUCUGUUUAUUUUGUUUUUCUCUCCUGCAUCCGAAGUUGCCGAGUGCACUAUGAAGCUUUAUGCAGUGAGAAGAAAGAGCUGUUGGGCUGUUAAACCAUGAGUGCUUUAUUUGUUUACUAUGCUAGCACACAGAGUGGGGUGAGGGCAGAUCGGCAGUACUGGGGCUGGAUUCUCUUAGAUGGCGGUGCUGUGGAUGAAGAGAAGCAAGGCAAACCUAAACUGUGUAAGACUGCAUGGUGAAAUGUGACACAGUAUCAAAGAUGGUGGAAAAAAAAUUCCCUUUAAUUUCUUUAUGUUUAAUGUGACAAAUGGAUUUGCUUUGAAGUGAGUUUUCGGAGAAUGAGUGUGAGAAUGGGGACUACUUUUAUUCAGAGAGUGAGUUCACGGUCGACUUUUCCAUUGUCUGUUUAAAUGUCGCUUUCUAAUUGUAAUUUGCUCUGCUUACUGAUUUCUCAAUUUAAUUAAAGUAAUAAAAGUUUGUACGGAGGUACAUCACACAGA